GCAGUAUCGCAACGCAUAUCAGAUAGUCGGGCCUGACAACAAGGCAGGUAUGACAAGGUGACGCUACGUUUCCACUCGGAACUCCGAGACGUAAGAGGACCGUUGCUCGGCCGCGGUUAGCCAGUCGCCUGGUGAGGUUCUGGUAGCCAGGUCAGCAACGCUCCAGAGUACAUCAACUGAGUAUCGCCUGCCCCUCUACAAACUGAGAGCAUUAAUCAGUUCCUACCCCCACCUCCCAGAGCUCUGUCAUGGAGUUGAUUUGGUUCGCCCUGGUUCUCCUCGUCCUUCACUGGCUGUACCAGAACACGAGAAAGCCGGCCAGCUACCCGCCAGGACCGUUGCGUCUUCCCUUGAUCGGGACAAUGUGGAAGUCACACCGAGGCGGAGGACCGCCGUUUAUUCGUCACUGCGCCAUGGCUCGUCAAUACGGAAAGCUGGUCGGUUACUUCACGUUCCACCAGCCGGCGGUGAUGAUCUUUGACGCAGAUCUCGCACGAGAGAUCCUCUCCAAAAACGAGAGCACCGGACGGCCUCAUUUGGAGAUUCUCAAAAUGAGAACAUUCGGCGAGCUCAGAGGCAUCCUGUUCAACGACGGCGCCUCGUGGCAGCGGCAGCGGCGGUUCGCGCUGCACCACCUCCGUGACCUGGGCAUGGGCCGCUCCACGCUGGAGGGGAUCGUUCAGCGAGAGGUGACCGACCUGGUACAGAGGCUGAGGGACACCGCCGGUAGACCGGUGGCCGUCGAUCACUUCUUCAACGUGAACGUGCUCAACGUGCCCUGGGAGAUUGUGGCCGGAAUCAGGUUUCAGCCGGACGACCCGCGUCUGCCCGUCAUCCUGCGCUCGCUCAGUGAUGCCAGCUCGCGCAGUACGGGCCUGCUGAACCUCAUACCGGUGCUGCUGGGCCCGCAGCUCGGGGCACCGAUCGCCCAAAAACUGUACAGCGGCGUCCGGCGCAACAGAGACGGACUGGUAGAGAUUCUAAAGAAGGAGAUACAAAGCCACAGAGAGACGCUGGACCCCGAGUCUCCGAGGGACUUCAUUGACGCAUUUCUUAUCGAGAUGGCUAAGUCGCCACAGGAAUUCACAGAGCUGACUCUCUACUCUGUCCUGAUGGACCUGUUCACGGCCAGCACGGGCACCAACAGCGUCACCCUGGAGUGGGCCGUGCUGCUGCUGCUGCUGCACCCCGAGUGCGGCCGGCGCGCGCGCCGCGAACUGGACGCAGUGGUGGGCCCCGGCCGGCUGGUGACCCUGGAGGACCGGGCCCGCCUGCCGUAUACACAGGCACUGCUGGCUGAGGUCUUACGCAGGAGCUCAACACUGGCCCUGGCCGUGCCGCAUCGGGCAGAAGCCGAUAUUACGGUGGCAGGUUACCGGAUACCCAAGGACAGCCGCCUCCUAGUGAACCUGUAAGCUAUCCAUCACGACCCGGAGUACUGGGCCGACCCGCUCGAGUUCCGACCGGAGCGGUUCCUACACGACGGCCAGUACCGGCCCAACAAGCACCUGAUGCCGUUCGGAGUCGGUAAGCGCGUGUGUAUGGGCGAGUCGCUGGCCCGCAUGGAGCAGUUUCUGUUCCUCGCCAACAUCGUACACCACUUCGAGGUGCUAACGCCCGCGGGGGAGAAGGCUCCGCGGUUCGACUACGUCUGCGGCACCCGCAACUCUCCGGCCCCCUUCAGGGUGGUGUUCAGACCCACUGACUCACAGGCUGUGAACGAGAGUGCGUGAAUGCUGAGCGAAUCCCUAUGUACGAAAGGAAAUGUGUUGAGGAAAUGAAAUUGCUUUGAAAGCUCUUGAAGAGCUUUCAAAGCAAGGCUAAUGGUGAAAGGGAUAGAUAGUCGGCAUUGUUAUGUUACCAUGGCGACUGGGGAGUCAGGAAUGCGGUGCAGCUGUGGUUACCAGGAUAUUCUUAACUGUGGUGUAUACUUAAGGACGGGUUAUAAAGACAAUAUGUUACUCGUAUAUUUUAGGGAUUGCUUAUCGCAUGAUGUUAUUGGUUGUCAAGAGCAAUUCAAAGUGGAACCUACUGCUACUUCUGCUGUUCAUUGUACUUUUGUUAUCAAGCAUUGUUCCAAUACCCAAGCAUUGUCAAGUGCUUUACAAUAUAUUAUCUUAUCACAA